CCGACCUUUGAAAUGAAGCCUACGUCACUGAGAUUCAGCUAAAGCUUGGAAGGUAAUCAAGCACGUCUUGAUCUCAUCACUUCAAACAAACCAGCGGCAACUACCACCUACAAGAACCGACCAUGCGCAUGCUUGAAAAAGACGAGGAGGAGGGAGAUAUCCAGGUCUCAUGGCAAGAUCAGCAGAAUAUCAACACAUUCAGUAAAUACAACGCCAAAUUCCAGGAUCUGGAGGAGUCCUAUGAAGCCAAGAAGACUGAGAAAGAGUACCUCGACGAUCUCGCAUCAGAGCUUGAAUUGGCCGACGAGGACGAGCCCGUCAGAUACCGCAUUGGCGAGACAUUCGUAUCAUUGUCGCUCGAGGCUGCACAGGAACGGAUUUCAAAAGCACAGGAAGAGCUCGAUUCUGAGAUCUUAGUCUUGAAGACGCAGAUGGACGAGGCGGUCGAAAAGAUGGACGAGCUUAAGAAGGUGCUCUAUGCCCGCUUCGGCAACGCCAUCAAUCUCGAGAAAGAUUAAAAACCAGAGCCACCUUAGCUCGACUGUAUCAUUCAA